GUGGCUGGCAGCGAGAAAAGCAUCAGUUUAGUAAAGCGAAAAUUAUCGAAGCCGUCAUCUCGAAAGCGCCUGCAUCCGGACCCCGCAGCUUUUAAGAUGGUCAAGCAAGCGCUUUUAGACAUACCUGAUACAGAAGCUACGAAAGUAAGCCUUACCCAGAAAGGUUGGUCGUGUGAGCUGACCCAGUCGCCAGUGGCAGUAUCCACCAGCAAAGACAUCAGUAGCAACGCUACUCUGAUGGCGCAGGAUGUGUCUCAACUAUCCACCCCACAUACAGCACCAGAUGAAGCAGGCGGCAGCAGCAGUAUUACACACGUGGAAAAAGAAGUAGAAAAGCCAAAAAGAUUGCACGACGCAGGAGAGACAUCUUCUGGAUUUGGUGGUGCUUCAACUCCUGCACUAACAUCGGAAACAUCAGCCGUAUCCGCACCCGCACCUCGAAAAUUGCCUGUCAAAACAAGAUACAUCAAAGCAUUGCCAAAUCUUGCGUGCGCCAGAAAUAAGAAACAAGAUUCUGCUGCCAGUGUGCCGGAGGUUUUGCCAACUGCUUCUGGUGACAGUGCAGCAGAGCGAGUGAAUACAAAUGCAGAAAUUGCUCCUGUAACAAAAAGCACAAAACUGCAAGACAACGAAAGUGCUCCAGAGAAGGAAGGAGAGGAUUCAGCUGCACAGAAGGCGGCCAGUGCUGCAGAUACCCUUACAGAAACCGAGAAACCGCAAAAACCGAACAUUAUGCGCACACGAGGUCGAUACAGGAAAGCAAUGCCAAAUUUAGCGGAUGAGAGCAGUACGAAGCUAUCGAAAACGAGCAAGAAAUCCUAA